AUAUGACUACAGUGUCUGUGGAUUUUUUGCAACAGAUUACUCUUCUCGGUAAUCAAUAUUUAUUAAUUUCUAUAGACCCAAUGAAUAGGAAGCAAACUAUCACAGAGUUAAAGAAGGUCCUCACCAAGCCUUUGUUACUGUCAGAUUAUAAAAAAAUAUGGAAAGCUCUUUAUUAUGGUAAAACAAUUUAAAAUUUUAAGCAAUGUGGAGUUCUGAUAAAUAUCAAAAUCAAUAAAUUCUUGCAUCUGAAAUAUCACAGCUAACGAGAAUGUUCUAUUCUAAUUUCACUGCAUUUAUCUAAUUCUCUAGAGCUAUGUUCCAUGUAUUUAUGAUCGAAUGGGAGAAGAUUGAUUAUUGGCGAAUUAAUAAAUUUAUGUUAUUAUUUAGAGAAAUCAUAGAAGAAUAAAUCAAAAUAUGCAAACAUUUUAAUUGGAAAACAGUUCCUCAAUUAAUUGGACUUUAUAAUGAGACUGUUUUAAAUCUUUCAGAAUUUCAGACUGGUAUGAUUGCAUACGAUAAUCCUUUUUAGUUUAAGGAGCUACAUUACAUUUUAUCCAAAUAUUUGUUUAAUGUAUGGCUAAACAUAUGAGUGAUUCUACAGUUACUUAUAUUUAAGUGAAAGAUCUACUUGAUACAUUCUUAGAUAUUCUUAAACACAGUCCAAAUAAAACACUUAGAGAUAAAACUAUAUAAUAUGUAUAUGAGUAUAUUGAAGAAAAAUAAUCUAAUGAAACAUAUUUAUAAGCUUUUGAUUCCUAAAAAUAUGCCAAUUAUGUCUUUAAAUUAGCUUCAUCAGAGUAAUCUUAUUUUAUAUAUUUGUAGGAAUGUUAAUCCAUAAAAUAGAAAAUCACUUUAUAGAGUUGCAGAAAUAUUUCAUUUUUAAGAACAAUAAGAAAAAUCACCAUAAAUAGAAGUAGAAGAAGUAUAAAAAAAGAAAAAGAAAAAAAAUAAUUAAGAUAUUCAAUAAAUACAAAAACAAUAAAUUGAAGAUAAAAAUUUAUAAUAAUAAUAAUAAUAAUAAUAAUAAAAUGAUAAAUAAUUAAUCAAUUUAGAAUAAAAUUAAGAAUAAGAAGUAGAAGUAGAAUAAGUAAAUUAAGUAUCUUAAUAAAAUUUUAAAAAAAAUAAUGGAAAAGAAAAUAUAUCUAAAGAAUAAUAAUAACUAUAAAAUACAACAAAAGCUAAAUAAAAAGAAGAAAAAGCAAUUCUAAAAUUACAUAAGAAAUAAGAAGAAUAAAUAAAUUCUCAAUAUAUGUAAGAUAGUCCAAUUCAAGAUGAAGAUGAAACUAUUGAAGGUGAUGAUUAUAGUGAAAUUAGAAAGAAUCCUAAUAAAUUAAAAAUUCUAAAGGAAAUAAUGAAUUCUGUACCUGUAUAUUUAUUUAUGAAUCCAGCUGAGAAACGCAAAUACUUUAAAUCUAUCAAUAUGAAAUUUUAAGAAGCUUUGUAAAAAGAAAAAGGAUCACAAUGUACACAUAAUAAGAGCGUACACUUUGAUUUAGCUAAAAACAAAGUAAAAAGUAAAAUUUAGAAUUUAUUAUAUUAGCUUUCAAAUAAACAGAUAAUGUGCUCAGAAUUUCUAAGUCAUGAAUUUGAUAUUUUAUAUGUAUAAAAAAUAUGGU